CCCAGCCCUCUGGCUUCCUAGACCCAGCAGGAGAAGCAAGGACCCCUUUGGAUGGUGGACUGCUGGUGGCCCUCAUCAGGAUCCAGCCAGCCCUGACCGAUGUUCACAGGUCUUGGGCUGACUCACUGGGCAGACUUGGACCCUUAGCUAUGGAGGACAUUGCAGGCUGUAGUCACAGAGCCUGGGAGCUGUAUAGGUCCAAACCUUUAAUCUCUGUUCAGUGUUUUCUCGGAAACUGAAGCCCAGAGGAGGGUCCUCCCCCUGCCAGGAGGCAGCAAUAGAUAGGAUCUUGACCUCUUAUCCCUAAAUUCAGGGCCCUCCCUUCAAGCAAGCCAGUCCCACAGCUCCUCUGUCUCCACCCACUCUUCCUGCAUGGCCUCCCCUCAAACAGCCUUCUGGCCUUGUACUUGGUUGAGAAGCUAGUCCAAACAGGCCUCUCCCACAUUUCCUGGCCGCUCUCCAGCCUGCAGGAGCCGAGACAACCUUAACUUCAGGGACCGUGAGGGCCAAGCAGAGGCUGCUAAGGGAACCACCGAGUGAAGCUGGACCCUCUGGCUUCCAGAUGUUAGGCCUUCUGGGGAGCACAGCCCUUGUGAGCUGGAUUGCCGGCACUGUGCUGGCCAUCUUAUUGUUGCUGCUAUUGGUGGCCAUCUGUCUUUUCCAUGGAUCACAGGAACAUGACGUGGAGAGAAACCGAGUCCGGCAAACCCGGCCUCGACUCUUCCACGGCCGGCGAGGGGGUCUCCUGGGAGCCUUUCACCAUCACCAUCGCCAUCACCGUGGCCACGUGUCUGGGGUGACCAGUGCAGGCUUUCAUCAUCACCACCACCAUCACCAUCACCAGCGUCACCAUUCUCCUCAUCACCUCCACCACCACCACCAUGCUCGCGGAGCCCGCCGCUGAGGCCAAUGGCAUCUACCUGGACCUGCCCUCCAUCCCACACCAAAAUAAGUGGACCCUAAUGUUUCCAUAGAAAAGGAUGUGUCUCUGGGGUGAAUGGGAGUGCUGGGACCUGAGUCCUGCUUGGGUUUCAUUUGUGCAUGAGUCCUUUUCACCCUGUACAACAGAGACCUUGGAACCACUUGGGCAGCCCUUACAGUGUAGGACUUGGGCUUGGAGCUGGGCUGACUGGACAUCCUAGCUUGUGACUGCAAUUCCUGAUGACCCCAGAUGUAUCAAGGGUGUCUGGCAGAGCCAGUGCUCAGGUGGAUAUGAAGAGCUCAUCUGACUCGG